GAUAUCGAUAAAAAUUAAUAAUCAACUUCCAUAGACUAGUUCCCAGUCCCUCCAUCAGGUCACCGUGCCCAUGAAGAGGUCAACUGAUAUCUUGAGAGAGGGACAACAUCAACAUGUAUCGAUACAGUUGGAAAUAAGUGAUUUCUCCCUAAAUUGUCCAGCCAAACUUUCGCAGUCGUAGUUUUGGGGAGACACUUGCAAGUUUGGCAGCAUGGGAAACACCAGCGGAAAGAGAGAAGGGAAGGAUUCCGGGGGACCCAUGUCACCGACGAAGGAAAACCCAAACGCGUUUGACUUCCAUGGCAAGGGUGGAAUACUCCAGCAGGCAUCUAUGGAUGAUAGCCUGGACCUUCCCCCGGGAACCUUGAAGGAAAUGCUGAAUCGACAGGGGGAGAUACCAGAUCAGAGGAUGAGAGUGAAAAUGAUGGAGUCGCCGGGCAUGGAGAGCAAGCACACGCCGGUCGUCUUCAAGUGGGAGGGAGGUGGUAAAAAUGUCUUCAUAUCGGGCUCCUUCAAUCAUUGGGCGUCUAAAAUACCGCUCAAUAAAAGCCAAGGUGAUUUUACCACCAUUCUUGAUCUACCAGAGGGUGAAUACCAGUACAAGUACUUCGUCGACGGCCAGUGGCAACAUAACCCUAAACAGCCUACCAAAAAUAACGAAUUUGGUGCCACCAACAAUGUUCUCUCAGUGAACAAAACAGACUUUGAGGUCUUUGAAGCGCUAGCAAUAGAUUCGUCAACGAGUGGCACGAAGCACAGAAACUUGUCAGGUUCGCCGCCGGGCAAGUACGCUCAGGAGAUUCCGACCAGAGAGAUGCAGACUAGCAGUGGGGGCCCGCCAUUCUUACCACCUCACUUACUCAAUGUCUUACUUAACAAAGAUGUUGGUGCACAGUAUGAGCCUACGCUGCUACCCGAACCGAACCAUGUGAUGUUGAAUCAUCUCUACGCAUUGUCAAUAAAGGAUGGUGUCAUGGUACUCAGUGCUACGCAUCGCUACAGAAAGAAAUAUGUCACCACACUGCUGUACAAGCCCAUAUAGGUUUGGCUACAUAUGUAUAUUAUUUAUCUAGAAUUCAAUAAUGGUAGAGUAUGGUCAUAACAGUAUUUGGCACUGGAUACUUCCAAAACACGGUUCAGACUAUUUCAAGCUUGGCCUGUUGGGGCGAUUGAGUGAGUAUGCUGGUCGUGAGACUGUCCACACAUUCUUGUUCCGUAACUGGGACUACACACGUGUUGUCCCAUGGUACUAUGGGGACCGAAGACGCUGUGGGGACAGCAGAAAGUCCCCAUAACUCGGUCCUAAUUUCCCUAACAAUAAAAAACGCCCCCAUAUUGCGGUGACGGCCUGCCUACGUACUGAGAUUCUUGCAUUUAACCUCUCAGGCUUUUAAGUUUCCCUACUUUUCCUACUUUUUCCUAUUUUCUUUUUUACCUGCCUGUACUUUUCCUACAUUAUUUUAUUGAAAUUUGUUGUUUUGAAUAUCCAGUCUCCAAAAUCGAAACCGAAGAGUGGAAUUCAAACCAAAUGUUAAAGAAUGUUUGAAAUCCCACCACUAUUUCCCCCUCAGCAGUCAGAACAGUUGGAAGAUAUGUAACAUAAAUGUACAAAUGUGUAUGAAGUUUUGAACAUAGACUCAGCAGCAGAUAACUGAAUAGAGACUUUGGGACUGAUGAAAAAACUUCCCCAGUAAUCACAGGCGUUAAUUCAAUAAAGAUUAAGUGUUUUUGAGUAAAGUAUGGAGUGCCGAAGUGAAUACGUCACGCGCACAAAAUGUGUGUAAAAGACAUUAGCGCGUGAUUCCGCCCACGAACCAACACGCGCGUGUACUCCAUUUGUUUGCACUGCACUCUCUGGUUCUAAAUGACGUCAGACUUCGGUACUCCAUUGUAGUAUAGACUAUUAUUUUAGUAUUUUAGCAUGUUAUUGCUCUUCCAUAGCCACACGCAAAUAAGUAGUUAAUAAAAAGUAC